AUGAAAACUGUAAUAGGCUUUGGCAAGUGCUAUGAAAUUCUUGUCAAAGAGUUUAUUGUGAACACCUUCAAGGAGUGUGACAAUAAAAGGAGCAAGGGAAUCAGAAAAGUGUAUGUCAGAGGAAGAUGUGUGGAUUUUUCUCUUGAAAUAAUCAACAGGUUCUUAGGCAGAAAUGAAGAAGACCAAGCUAAAAUUGAAGUCUCUGACAAUGUCAUCUGCAAAGAGAUUACUGCUAAGAAAGUAAAGGAAUGGACAAGGAAAGGGAAAUUGUAUGCUAGUGCCAUGAGUGUCAAGUAUGUUGUUCUCUACAGAAUUGAAGCUGCAAAUUGGGUGCCAACCAAUCACACCUCUAAUAUAGCUACUGGGCUAGGUGAGUUCAUCUAUAUUGUUGGGACUAAGUCAAAUUUUUAUUUUGGUUCCUAUGUUUUUGAUCAGACUAUGAAGCAUGAUGCAUCUUAUGCUGUGAAAACGCCAAUAACUUUUCCCUCUUUGAUCUGUGGGGUUAUCCUGAGUCUGCACCCCAUUAUAUUAAUCAACUAUGAAAGUACAUGUAAAAGGGACCCUCCUCUCUCAUUGAAUUACAGGUUGUUCACUGGGAAACAUGUCACAGACAUUGUCAUGACAUCUAAACAAACUCCUUCAAGAUCUAUUGACAGAACAAGCAUCCUAGCUGAGCUGAAAGACACCUGUGGUGUGAAAGAUGAUGGAACAGAUGAAGAAGAAGAAAAGGAAGACAUGACUGAUGCAAGUGAUGAGAAAGAUACCAACAGUGAUGAAGAUUAA